CAUAUCCGCACGAUGGUCCAGUACUACAUCCGGGAGUCGAUACAGUUCGUUGUGUCGUACGCGCUCUGUGCGUUCUACAGUUUGCGCGUGCUGUUCGGCAUACUGGUGCUGUUCGUGACGAAACCGCACACGAAAUUUUGGAUCACAAAGGAGCGGCCGGUACCGCCCGAUUGUUUGAAGAACCACGACUACGGUGUGGACAAGUACCAGAAUGCGAAUGGCAUCAGAAUCCAUUACGUGGAAAAGGGAGAUCGUUCCAAGCCGCUCAUGGUGUUUGUGCACGGGUUUCCCGAAUUCUGGUACUCGUGGCGCCAUCAGCUGAAGGAGUUCUCCAAGGACUACUGGGUUGUGGCGUUGGAUAUGCGUGGGUACGGUGAUACGGAAAAACCUCAGUACCGCUAUGCAUAUCGUAUCGACAACAUGACAGAGGACAUACGGUGCCUGGUGCGUGCCUUAGGACGCCAAAAGUUUACUCUCGUUGCGCACGAUUGGGGCGCAGUGAUCGGAUGGCACUUUAUAACGAAGCACAUGGACAUGAUAGACCGAUACAUCAUGAUGGAUGCUCCAUCGCAGAAAAUAGCGCGUAAGCUUUUCUCCAGCAGCAAAACACAGUUCAAGAUGUCUUGGUACAUCUUCUUUUACCAAAUGCCAUGGCUACCGGAGUUCUUCGUGCGGCUUGGGGACUUCCAAAUCUUCAAAAUCAUAUUCAGCCAGCACGGUGGCCCCGAAGUGGUCGAAGCAUUUAAAUAUACCUUCUCCAAACCGAACGGUAUGACGUACCCGAUCAACUACUACCGUGAGAAUUUCCGGUUCUUCACGCGGAAGCUGACGCCGCCCAGGCCGAAAACGUUUGCCCGGGGACUGUAUCUGCUGGGCGAAAACGAUCUCUACAUCUCGAAGGAAACGGGCCCGCUCAUGCAGCAGGAGUUUGAGAAUCUUGAGUUCCGCAUCGUGCCCGGUGUCGAUCACUUCCUGCAGCAGCACAAACCCGAGGUGGUUAAUCAGUAUAUGCGAGAGUUCUUGUCCAAGAACUAG